GCGCUGUGUUUCCGGAAGAAGACUCGGAUGAAGCGCAGCAGCUACAUCCACAAAACCAUCUCACAAUCAAUAGAAAUCGAAAAUAGUGAGGUGCUGCCGCCGGUGCGGGAUGUCAGGCCAGAAGCGCUCCAGCGAUCCCAGCAGCUCUGCCCCACUCAGCGCUCCUCCAGAGAAGAAGAAGGGCGCUGAGGGUGGAGAGGGAAUGAGCACUGGGUCUGGAGGAAGCACUGCCACUGCUGUAGAAACGGUCAUCAAACUGGGUGGAGGGUCCAACCAGGAAGAACAAGAUAUUAAAGCUCUGCAGAUCAAAAACAGGAAGUUGGGAGAAGCCCUUGACCAAAGACAGGUGAUUGAGGAUGAACUGAGGGAGAGAGUUGAGAGGUUGGAGACUCGUCAAGCGACAGAUGACGCGAGUUUGUUGAUUCUAAACAGAUACUGGAACCAGUUCGAUGAAAAUGUGCGAUUAAUUGUGCGUCGCUAUGACCAAUCAGGGAGUGAGCCUGUGGAAAGCCAACCUCCUGAAGGAUGCAGCUUAAAACCUGGAACACCAGAACCGGAUGGAGACUCAAACCAGGAGAGAGCAAAAGACAGAGGUCAACAGGGGGAGGCAGUGAGCUCUUUUCUGGCCAUGUUGGCCAGCAGCACCAGUGAGGAGAUAGACGCAGAGCUACAGGAGCGAUUGGAGUCCAGCUGUAAGCAGGCCAGACGUGUGGUUGAAAUCUACGAGAACCUGAAGAACACAGUAGACCAGCUAAAGAAAGAUAUGGAGUCUGGAACAGAUGGCAGUCUCUGGGAUGUCGCUGUCUGCCUCAACACCCUCCUGACCAAUGAGAAUGAACGUCUCCGGCAGCUGACCGACAGCCUCCAGCAGAAGCAUAGUCACAUGACCAGCGAGUCUCGUCCGCUGGGCCGCGCGGCGAAUCGUGCUGAUAACAGAAUCAGCGAGCUGCAGGUUCUCAUUGAGGAGCUGCAGUGGGACAUGGAGAAAAUCAGACGGAGAGAGAAUCGUCUUAACACGCACCUUGCAGAGGUGCUGGAAAGGGUGAACAGUAAAGGUUAUAAGGUGUAUGGCGAAGCAAGCAGUGUAUGUGGAACCAUCACGAUCAACAAAAGAAAGUUUGAGGAGAUGAACAGUGAGUUGGAGCAGAACAGAGAGCUGGCAGAUAAUCGGCUCGGUGAGCUCCAGAAGCUGCAGCAGGACCUGCAGACGGUUUACCAGGAGAACAAUAACAUGAAGGUGGAGCUGUUGUCCAGGGCUGAGGAGGUGGCCAGAGAGAGCGCUGAGUAUCACUGUCUGCAGUCUCAGUUCUCUGUGCUCUAUAAUGAAUCACUGGUGCUGAAAUCUCAGAUGGACGAGACCAAAGCUCGACUCAACACGACCAGGAACGCCCGCCUGCGCCAACUGGACCACAUGGAGAAUGACGAGGUGUCCUUGCAGCGUAAGGUCCGUACUGAAGUGAUUCAGCUGGAAGACACGUUAGCACAGGUGCGCAAGGAGUAUGAGAUGCUCAGGAUCGAAUUUGAGCAGACGUUAGCUGCUAAUGAACAAAAUGACGAGGUGUCCUUGCAGCGUAAGGUCCGUACUGAAGUGAUUCAGCUGGAAGACACGUUAGCACAGGUGCGCAAGGAGUACGAGAUGCUCAGGAUCGAAUUUGAGCAGACCCGGGCCUGCUGGAUGGUGUUCCAGAGGAGUUGUUGCGGCGACAUGGGGUCGGGGAUCAUUGUUGUCAGCUGUGAAAACGAGGGAGAAGAGGCGGCGUUCAACAUCGACUUCGUCGAAAAUGUCACAAGUUUUAGCAAUGCUCGUUCACUGAGGAAUAAGAUGGACGAGCUGCGUCUGAAUGAUAGAAUUGUGGUGGACCCAAGUGCUGUUGCGAAAAUUUUUAAAAGGCUGCAUACCAAAAAGUCCAGUGGGCCGGAUGGUAUUUCAGCUCUUUUACUUAAAGACGAAGAGGCCCUGAGAAAGAUCCGCUCGGUGGAGGAGCAGAUCGAUAUACUCAAUAAGAAACUCUCUCUGGCUAAGCAGGAGGAGGAUGCGUUGCUGAGUGAGAUGGAUGUUACUGGCCAGGCGUUUGAGGACAUGCAGGAGCAGAACAUUCGGCUGAUGCAGCAGCUCAGAGAGAAAGAUGACGCCAACUUCAAACUCAUGAGCGAACGCAUCAAAUCCAACCAGAUCCAUAAACUUCUCAAGGAAGAGAAAGAGGAGCUAGCUGACCAGUUGCUCACACUCAAAACACAGGUGGACGCUCAGCUGCAGGUGGUUCGGAAGCUAGAGGAGAAAGAGCGCCUCCUGCAGGGCACCAUCAGCGCUGCGGAGAGGGAGCUGGGGCUCCGCACACAGGCUUUAGAGAUGAACAAACGCAAGGCGCAGGAGUCGGUGCUGCUCUCGGAGGAGGUGCGCUCUCAGCUGGAAGGGGUGCAGCAGAGGUUGAGUGCGGUCAGAGAGGAGGUGAUUGAGAACAGCAUUUCUCGAGAAAAGGAGUCUUUCAAUGCCCGACGUGCACAGGAGGACAUAUCCAAACUGCGCAGGAAGAUCGAGAAGGCCAAGAAACCUGCGGAGAACGUUCAAAAUGGAGAUGAGAUCCUGAAUGAAGAAAUAAACGAUUACAAGGCCCGGUUGACCUGUCCAUGCUGCAAUUCACGUGUAAAGGACGCCGUUUUGACAAAGUGCUUCCAUGUUUUCUGUUUUGAGUGCGUGAAGACGCGCUACGACACCCGUCAGAGAAAGUGCCCAAAGUGCAAUGCCGCAUUUGGUGCCAACGAUUUCCAUCGCAUCUACAUCGGAUGAGAUUUAUGAUCCACGGCAUCUGCAUCUGUUUGGUCCAGUUGCUCAACAUUGUUUGGAGGGUGGAGCUUGUCCUGUAACGUUGGGCGAACAUCAACAGUUUUACAUUCCACUUGUUUUUUUUCUCUACAAAGACAUCCAACGUUUUCAGUAGAUGUUCCAGCAUCGGUUUUGCAGAACUAACCUGGUCACAUUCCACAGGUUGUCCUAGCCAACAUUUCUCACAACAUUUCUGCUGCUUGCUUCCAGGAGUGUCCUGAAUGCUCGCUGACAUUUGU